AUGAAUAGUGAAAUGAAGGUUGAACAAGUGGAUGUUUGUGAAGAACAUAACAAUAAAAUAUCUAUACAUGAUGAUUUUAAUAGUUCUCAAGAGUUCCCAGAAGUAUUAACAAUUAACGGUAGUUGGAUAUAUGGCUUAAAUGCAGGAGGAUCAAGGAAUAAUUUAGACAUGUUUGAAACAAAUCCUCAAUAUUUGCUCAAAUUUCCUACAGGUAGUAUUUUAUUGUAUCUAUUAGAAGAUAGCAACUAGCAUCCGGACCACAGGGUACAUUUUUUACAGAACCCAAUGGUCACAUAUUUACAAAAAAUACAAUAUAGUUUUUACAUCUUUAAAAUAUAAUGAUAAAUAAGAAUAUUAAUUUUGGAC